GUCAAUCAGACGAGAGUUGUUGACUGAGGAGGUAUUUUCAUUCAUUUUGCUGCUAAGAUUUGUGUACGACAAUUGAAUUUAAAAAAAAAAUCAAAAUCCAAAUUAAAUCGAAAUAAAAAAUGGUUUUUGCGAGAGUUUUAUGUAAUAUAAAAUCUGGUGUUCCGAAAAAUGUUCUACACCAUCAACGCCUAUUAUUCAGUUCAUCAGCUGCAAAACAUGGUUUUGAUUGGCAAGAUCCAUUUCAAUUGGAAUCGAAUCUGACCGAAGAUGAACGAUCAAUUCGGGAUACAAUGCGAUCGUAUUGCCAGGAGAAUUUGAUGCCCAGAAUAUUAGAGGCAAAUCGAAAUGAAGUGUUUGAUAAGGCAAUAAUGACUGAAUUGGGAAACCUCGGUGUACUUGGAGGCACAAUAAAGGGCUAUACCUGUGCAGGCAUCUCUAGUGUUGCAUAUGGUUUAAUAACUCGUGAGGUCGAGCGAAUUGAUUCGGCAUAUCGGUCGGCUGUGAGUGUUCAAAGUUCGCUGGCUAUGGGUGCAAUCUAUGAUUUCGGCAGCGAAGACCAAAAGAAUAAAUAUCUACCGAAAAUGGCCAAAGGUGAAUUGAUUGGAUGUUUCGGAUUAACAGAGCCAAAUCAUGGAUCCGACCCUGCCGGCAUGGAAACAAACGCCAAAUACGACAGCAAAACAAAAUCGUACAUUUUGAAUGGAAGCAAAACAUGGAUUACAAAUGCACCAAUAUCUGAUAUUUGCAUCGUAUGGGCACGCUGUGAAGAUAAGAAAGUCCGUGGUUUUAUCAUUGAUAGAUUAGAAAAUUCAGACGGUUUGUCUACACCGACAAUUCAUGGAAAAUUUUCAUUGCGUGCAUCGGCCACCGGAAUGAUAUUAAUGGAAGAUUUGCGUGUACCGGAACAAAAUGUUUUGCCCAACGUUGAGGGGCUCAAAGGAGCAUUGAGUUGCUUGACAAAUGCUCGAUAUGGAAUUGCUUGGGGCGCACUAGGCGCGGCUGAGUCAUGUUUACAAAUUGCUCGAGAUUAUACCUUGGACAGAAAACAGUUCAAUAAACCAUUGGCAGCAAAUCAAUUGAUUCAAAAGAAAUUCGCCGAUAUGAUGACAGAAAUUGGGCUUGGCCUCAAUGGAUGUGUCCAGGCUGGUAGACUUAAGGAUCAGAAAAAAUUAACACCCGAACUUGUAUCACUGCUUAAACGGAAUAAUGCCGGUAAAUCAUUGGAUAUUGCACGCAACGCAAGAGACAUGCUUGGAGCUAAUGGAAUUUCAGAUGAAUAUCACAUUAUUCGUCAUCUCAUGAAUUUGGAAUCGGUCAACACAUAUGAAGGAACUCAUGAUAUUCAUGCUUUGAUUCUUGGCAGAGCCUGCACCGGAAUAGCUGCAUUUAAAUAAAUUUUAAUUUCUCUUCGAAAAAAUUUGCCGUCUGUGAAAUAAAUGUAUGAUAAUGAAAUUGUUGAAUAAAAAUAUGCAUUUUAAUAGAAAACCAA